AUGGACUGCCUGCUUCCACCUCACAAACCGCUAAACUUUGAAACGUACGCGGAAUACGAGUCGCAUUACCAUCAGGCGCACACGAAUCGAUGUACGGAAUGCAAAAGCAACUUCCCAACCAGCCAGUUUCUGGAACUGCACAUCGCGGAGCAUCACGAUCCAAUCGUCGCGUCGAAGCGGGAUGGCGGAGCGAGAACGUAUGGGUGUUUCGUAGAGGGAUGCGAGAAGAUCUGCGCGGAUUGGAAGAAGCGAAGAAGUCAUCUUGUGGACAAGCAUGGCUAUCCGAAGAACUAUGAUUUCAUGGUGGUAGAUCAUGGCGUGGAUGGGAGGAGUAGUAUGUUGCGGCCUGGAGUUGAUGCGCAGGGGCACCGACGGAGCAGUCGUGAACGCGGUCGGAGUGACUCUUCAGUGUCGGCCGCUGCGCAGACGACAGACAUUACGUCCAUGAGUGAACCGAACGCAGGAUCGAGCAUGGGAAAGGUGGCGACGGAGGGUGAUGGAGUGGGCGAUGCUGGAAAGGAAGAGUCCGGGUUGGAUGAGCUGACAUCGUCCAUGUCUGCGUUGAAGAUGGUUCCCAGAAGUGUAACGUUUGGCACGCGUAAGGGGCGCACUGGCUUUGCGAAGAGCUGA